AUGGCCAGCGACGCCCGCCCCGUCGACCUCACCCGUUGGGAGUUGGCCGAGAUUCUGAAGAACUCGACGAUGAGCAGGGACAGGAUCCAAAACAACAUGCACCUCGACACCUCCGCCAACUUUGACGCCUUUGCCCAGCGUCCGCCCCAGCCCGGCCCGCUCACGAUCCCCCAGUCCGGGUACGCCGACGAGAGGAUGGACCAGCAGCCGGCAUCUUCCGACUACGACAUGUUCGGCCAGGCCGCCCACCAGCAGACGUCGCCCUACCAGCGUAUGCGUUCCAACACUUCCCCGGCCGCGCCCACCUGGAGUGGCACCCAUGAGAGCCUGUACUCGCAGCACAACAACUACGGCUCCGACUCGGUCCCGUCCUUCAACUCGGCGUCGUCUGCAGGCAGCUACGACAUGAUGUCUUCCAUCUCUUCAAACUACUCGUCCGGCAAGCAGACCCCGCUCACGCCCAACGACCCCAUGCACCACCCGGGCUUUGGCGGCACGUUCAAGCAGGAGCCCCAGUCGGCAUAUCCCGAUCUGUCCUCGGACCGGCGUCUGUCCUACGGCGCGCCCGACGUGCACGACGAGUACUCGCAGCUCGGCGCCUCUGGCUUCGGCAACACCUCGCUGCCGCCAUUCAACCGCUUCCAGCAGCAGGACCCGCUUUACCCGCCCACGACGAUCCCCUCGCAUGGCAGCCACUUUGGCAGGCCCGAUCAGGCCGGCUACGACGACGUGCAGGGAUACAUGCCCAAUCCGGGUCAGGACCUCUCCCUCCGGAUCCCCGGCAUCGACGACAACAUGAUGCGUCGCAUCCAACCCCAUGGCGGCCUGCAUUCUGCCGGUGAUCUCUCUUCCUUCAUUCGGCCCUUCCUCGAGCAGUAUGUCCGCGCACCCAAUCGCCUCGCAUUCGGCGAGCGCUCCGUCAUCGUCAUGUCCUCAAAGGUCGCACAAAAGUCGUACGGACAAGAAAAGCGAUUCUUGUGCCCGCCUCCGACGGCCAUCAUGAUCGGCAACUCAUGGUGGUCCGACGUCGUGCGCCGUGGUGAGGAACCCCGCCUUGCCCCGCCCCGCGUCGUCGUGAGCAUCUCCGGCGAGCCUGCCCCGCAGGAGGGCACCGUCGAGUGGACCGCUGCCGCCGGCAAGCCUUUUGACGCCAGUGACCCUCCGACGGGCACCACUUACAUCGGUCGCUGCGUCGGCAAGCAGCUCUUCAUCUCUGAUGUUGAUGAGAAGAAGAAAAAGGUCGAGGCGCUCGUACGCAUCGUCGCCCCCGCGAACGAGGACGAGCCCGAACGCGUUAUUGGCACCUUCCCCUCUCGCCCGAUAAAGGUCAUCUCCAAGCCGUCCAAGAAACGCCAGAGCGCCAAGAACCUUGAGCUCUGCAUCAAUCACGGCUCGACCAUCUCGCUCUUCCACCGUUUGCGCUCCCAGACCGUCAGCACCAAGUACCUUUGCGUGUCUGGCUCUGGUGCGAGCUUCAAGGGUUCCGACGGUGCACCGCUUCUGGGCGUCGACCAGCGCACGCGGUCUGCUACGCCAUCAUUCAUUGCAAGGACUUCCUCCUGGGAUCCAUUUGUGAUGUACAUCGUCGAUGCGGAUAAGCCCGGAGGCGGCAUGGACGCGCCGCCGCCACCGCCACCGCAGCCUGAUUACCCUUCCCCGCCUCCCAAUGCAAUUCCCUUCAUGGCUAACGGCACGCCCAUCCCGAUCUACUACAAUCAGACGGUUGUCCUCCAGUGCCUGACGUCCGGCGUCGUCUCCCCCGUCCUCAUCAUCCGUAAGGUCGACCACCAGACGACCGUUGUCGGUGGCGGUGCACCCGAGGGUGCCAAGGGCGUCGGCGACGCGUACUGCGGAGCCGGCGAGGUCUGCGGUGACCCCGUUUCCCAGUUGCACAAGGUCGCGUUCGAGGUCUACGAGCACGGCAAGCUUGCACCUGAGCCCGGUACCACCGGCGCAUCUGGCGCUUUCCUCAGUUGCAUGGGCGAGAAGGUCAACACAUACCGUCCCGCGGAGGGUCGUGUCUGGACUGCGAGCGCGAACGCCGCUGCUGCGAGCAGCUUGGGCGGCGGCAUCCUCGACAGCCCCAUGGAGAGCCCGCUUGCGCAAACACCAUCCACCUUGGCCGGCAGCGGCGACUACUUCGGCAGCCCGCUCGGCGAGACCAGCGACGCUUCGAUGGACGUCUCCAACAACGGCGGCCGUGUCAAGACGAAGAAGCGCUCCACAAGUUCCGCUGGUGGCAUGUCCCGUGGUAGCGCCUCUUCCAAGGGCGGUCGCAGGCGGCCCGGCAGUGCCGGUGGAGGUGGCCGCGGCGGCGACCAGCUCUCGAGCGGCGCGAUGUGGCAGGUGGACAUCGGCGAGACGAGUGUCUGGACCAUCGUCGGCACCGACCAGGUCCGGUACAACUUCUACGUACCGCCUGUUCUCUUCGACCAGCAGACGGCACCACAAGGUCACGGCUUCCCCGUACCAAGCAAGCCCGUCACGCCGUUCCCUGGCGUCGUCAAGUACCUUCCACCAGACCGUGCGGCGGAGGCACCCAAGCGACACCACAUCCUCAGCCCUGGUGCCACAAGUUUCGCUGGACAGGGUGGCAAGGCCGCGCCCAGUGGCAAGCUGCUCACGCUCUACGGCGAGAACUUCAAUAAGUCCGAGCCGCUUGGUGUGUUCUUCGGCGCAGAAGGCAGCCAGUACGUCGAGACGAGGUGUGCUGAGGUCAUGGGCUGCCUCCCACCAGAAGGCGCCCAGACGAAGAGGCGGCCGAUCCUGCUCGUGCGCGGCGACGGCGUCGUGUUCCCGAGUAGUGUGAUGUACCCAUAG